ACAACAGGAAGUUGCAUGCGGUUAGAUGUGUGUUGUGAUCAACUCAAGAAGAAAAACACUGUCACAAGUAUGAGUGAGAAAGAACAGCAAAUACGCCUGGUGCUGAAGCUGUUGGAGGUGCUUACCUCCCCUGAUAAAAUCAGAAAAGAUGGAAAAGCUGAAAAAAGCAGUGAUUCAGAGGAAAAUGGAUUUGAUGCCCUGUUGAGAACCAAUUUGACCUUGUACAAAGAAAUUCUCGAGACAGAAAAGUACCAAAAUGUGAGAUCAAUGUUGGAUGAUUCAGUUGCCAUAGAAACAGGAAUAGACAGUUGUAGGUGGCACUUUGUAUGUGCAUGCUUGCAAACUUUGACAUUGUUACAGAAAUCUAUUUCCAUAGCAAUGGAAGAAUUCACAAGAAAGCUGAGAGAAAACCCUCCACCAGAGCUGAGACCAGGACAAGCACCACCCUUAUCACCGGAUAACCUUAGCAUUGGUCAUCACAAAAUGGUGCUGACCGCAAUUCAGUUUGUAGUCAUUUUGGGGAUCAGUCAGAACCUUGAUUUUGGUGUUGGUAUUCCAAUGGAGAGAAGGUCAGAAUUUGCCAAACUCUUACUUUUAUCUUCUCAGCCAGACCAUACAUCAAAUGAGAGCAGAAAUGCAUGCUUGUUUUCUUGUGUAAAAGUGUUCAUGUUCUUGCUGGGUAUUCCUUCCCUUGCUGGUCUCCUCCUGUCCAGACAUCUAAAUGACUUGCUUGCUACUCUGUUAAUGCUGUUACAUAGAAUACCCAAAUGUCAUCAAGUCCCUAAAACUGUAAAAGAUAAAAUAUCUAUAGAAACUGUAACACCAGAAUCCAAAAUAGACAAUUCAAAUUUGGCCUCCAACAUUGAAGCAUCCAACUGGACACCAGCCUCUGUUGUUGACAUGGUAACCAGUAAACGAAUGAGCUCUUCAAACAAGCAGAAGAAUACUAUAGAUGGUGGAGAAGCACCUGGUCACGAGAGGCAAAGUUCUAGUGACAAGGGGGAGUUCGUCAGAGAGGAACCCAGUAACAAGGGGGAGUUAGUCAGAGAGGAACCCAGUAACAAGGGGGAGUUAGUUGGAGAGGAACCCAGCAACAACAGGGAGUUUGUUGGAGAAAAGGAACUGCAGUUGUGUGAGGCAUGGCUGCAACAGCUCCUAGGGAAGGCCCAUCCUCAAAUGCUGGUCAGAGAGCUCCUGUUAUUACAAAUUGGGGCACCUGUCCCUCCCAAACAGGUGGGCGUUGCCAAGAAGAAGUGGGCCUCCCCAGUCUGGCUUAGGAAAGUGUGUGGACGUCUGCUCACAAACAUUCUCAUGAAACCCAAGGGAGUCAUCCAUGUCCUUCAAGGAAUGCUGGAGGGUCCUGGCCAGGAUCUUUCAGAGAAAGGCAACUCAAAGGCUUCUGAUUGGAGGAAAUGUGACGCAGUUGCUAAAGUGAUUGCCUGUUGUCCCAUGUCGUCAACAUCUGUCGAGGAAUACUACGCUCUUGUUUCGCCACAGAUUAUGUUGCUACUGCAUCAUCCUGACAGCCGGGUGUGUCAGGAGUUUCUCCGAGUAGCCUGUACCACUAUAGCCAGGAUGAUGACACAGCAGCCGGACCUGACAAGGAAAUAUUUGUUAUCUCCCCUGAUGGAACCUCUGGAGAGAUGCUCGAAGCUAAAAGCCAUUGGAGCAGGGGAACAAUGUUUAGUUCAAGAAAAGGAGCUCACCACCUGCCUAGAGGAUUUACAUAAGGUAUUUGUGGUCGGGUGUGAACCGAGUACCCCUCUGAUGUCCUGUCUGUUACCUGUAAGCCAUUCCAUCUUUUUGCUCUUCUGUUACGCUAAGAAGGGCGUGUCCCAUCUCAGCUGUUGCUGUCAGGAGAUCUUGGUUUCUCUGCUGAGAGGGUUAGACAAGGGGGAGGCCAUAGCCUGUCUCCACAUGUGGAUACUGGGCACGGAGACAAGCCAGCUGGAAAGUUCUACAACUCUAGAGGCUGACAAGAAAGUUUCCAUGACGAUCCCUUUGACACAUCCAUCUGUGCGGUUUUCCGCAGGAAACAGUGGAGGAGUCACUGUUUCCACCAAGGGUGUGAACAGUAACCAUGGUGACGAAGGAGCAGUGACCAAUGAAAUGAUGACCAUUGCAGCUAUAGAGAUCCUGAAGGAGUUAGAGAAGAGUGGACUGACUGGUGAUUUCUUUCUUGCACUGUUAAUGGAAUUAACCGAAAUCAUUAAUCACGAGAUACAUGGAGAUUCGAGUGUUACACUGAACACAAAACGGGACGGACAAGAAUUAAUGGAAGCUGAAAUCAGAGAAAAACGAUUGGCAGAUAACUUCCAUCGUAAAGUUUCUGUUCUGAAUCUACUGGCGGCCAUUUGCGAGGAAAUAGGACCUUCCUGUUUGAAAAAUACCCAACAGACCCUCAAAUUUGUUCAGGUGACACUUGAGAGAGGUGUACAGGUGUGCAAGAACACCUGUGACGACGUUCUUGGAGUAUUUGAGAGUGAGACACUCACCAUGGCAAUGGGAAUGCUCACUGCUGUGCUUACUGGCACCAUUAAGAUCAGUGAGGAUGGCAGGGAAUAUAUGAAGACACUGAUGCCACUGUUAGAAGAUAUCAGCUCCAACCAUCCUGACAACACCAUACAGGAAAUGGCCUCUGACCUUCGAGUUGCCAUAGCAACCCACAGUGUUAUCUGGUCAGAGCUGCUUAAAAGUAGCACAAAGGGAGAUAAGCGGCAGAAAUUGCCAUGCAAGCAGGACUCCCAAAGUGCUGAGGAAUCUAAGGUGGGCAAAAAAACUUUGGUGGAGGUGAUAGGUGAAACUUCAGAUGAACAUUGUCAAAAAUCGGAGGAAAGUCUACAACCACUGAGACAGGGUUCCAGUGAAAUGGGAAUCUCUUCUGAUAAAGGUGUACAACAAAAGCAUUCUGCUUCAAAACCAAGGACCCAAAAGGAGAAGGAAUCCGCAAAAAAUAUGUCAGAAUUAGGACAAGCAUUUGAGGAACUCCAAGACCCCCUUAUUCCUGUCAGGGGGCAUGCUUUGAUUACGUUGAACAAACUGAUACAGAAGAAAGAUCCUGAGGCAAUGGAGAAAAGACAGAUUUUAUUGCAUGUUUUUAAGGAAAAUCUGCAUCACCCAGACUCUUACCUUUACUUGUCUUCAGUGAUGGGAUUAGUCACGUUGGUAGACAAGUUUCCAGACGCCGUGAUUCCAGUUCUCAUUGAAGAGUUCCUGUCAGGGGCAACUUCGACCCCCGCCCAACAAGGGGAGACAACAAGGCAAGCUGAUGACAGGAUUAAAGUUGGGGAGUGUCUUGUACAGACGUCAAGGAAAUUAGGUGACAUGGCGCCCCGUUACCGUGACAACCUUCUGAUGACUUUCCUACAGGGAUGUCUGGACACUGAUCCCCUUAUUCGAGCCAGCAGUCUUUCAAACUUGGGGGAGCUCUGUAAAGUACUGCGUUUCUCUGUCGGCAACUUUAUUCAUGAGAUAUUUAACUGUGCCUGUGGAUUGCUGAAGUCAGACUUCAGUGUAGAGGUGAGACAGGCUGCAGCCAUGAUGGUAAACCUCCAGCUAGAAGGACUGGGAAAGGACACCCUUACGGUAAUGGAGUCAGUCAUCAGUUCUGUAUACAGAACUCUGAGGCAGUGCAUGGUGACGGAGAAGGAAAACGGUGUUAAAAUGCAGAUCACUCUAGCGCUGAACACCCUCGACUCAAUCACUAGGGAUGUUAUGUUCCCUAAACGAACAUUGGAAAAGAAGAUCAGAAUACUUGACACCAGUUAGAUAACAAUAAUGGUAAAUGGCAUUGUUGCUUAAAAGUAGAUUCUGAAAAAGUGAAAAUGAUUCCGAUACCCUUUGAACAAAAUAUAUAUCAACACAAUUCAAAAACAGCAUGCAUUGUUUGCCCAUAAAAUUUAGAUAUUUGUGUAAGGAUAUGCUAUCAUAUCCAUGGUUUAGAUGAUGCUUCUGUAGAUAUUAAAUAAUAAAGGUUUGAGUUAAUCUUUUCAAAGUGUUUAAAAUAUCGUCAAUACUAGCAAAGACAAAAAACACUAAGACAAUACUGUGUCAACAAAACAGUAGGUCAAUCUCAUAAUCGUUAAAACGGGGGCAAACCCGCCAUGUAAUUAUAGGUCAAAUACAAGUAUAAUGUCACGUCCUUAAAGUGAGAGCCAGGGUGGUGACAACGGAACAACAAUGCAUACUAAUGAGAAUUAUCAAAAGCAUCGACCAUAAUAUUACGAUGAGACGCGAUCAUGAUGGCAACCUCAAAACGUGCCCAUAGUCUUUGUUAGACUGCAUCUCUAAACCCGCUGUUGUAAAUGUGUCCGUCUUUAUUAAACUGCUUCUCUAAACCCGCUGUUGUAAAUGUGUCCGUCUUUAUUAAACUGCUUCUCUAAACCUGCUGUUGUAAAUGUGUCCAUCAGAAGUCGGGGACUAUAACAGAAAUGAUGAUAUUCGGAGCACAGCCUCACUCAAUGUCGACAAAAAUGACCAUUACGGAAACCAAAGAGAUGCUGAAAUUGAAAGAAAGACAUCUUGAACACCCACACAAACAUUCCAUUUAUGUAAUUUAUUCGACUAUAAAGUACGCAUAUUCUGGAUAUUCUUAAUA